AUGACAAACCUUAAACUAUUUAGCAGUGGAAUUGAGCAUGCUUCAUUUGUGACAAGCUAUGAAAUCCUUAAAAAAACAUGGAAUGUUAUCACAUCUAGCUAUGAGGACAUAGUUUCAAACGUUGGUGUUGGAUUGAGUUGGAAUGUUUACAAAGAACAAAGUUCAGAUUUGACUAUUAUAGCCUUUGAAGCUACUUCAGAUUGUUCUAAUCCUAAAAGUGGUUUGGUUUUGUCUUCUGAUCUUAAAGGGAAGGAUUUUCUUCAGUUUGAGUUUUUGUGUUCUAAGAGUAACCCUUUUUUCUCUCUUAAUAGUGAAGCUGUUUCAUUCUUUUGUGAUAAUAUUGAGAAGCUGGAUCAGUUGAAAUCUGAGAUUUUAAGUAAAAUUCCAGUGACUCCAUUGAUUGUUACUGGAAAAGGUCUUGGAGGAUCAAUUGCUUCACUCUUCACAAUAUCACUAUUAGAUAACAUUGGUUCAACGAAGAAUCGACCACUAUGCAUCACAUUCGGUUCGCUUCUUGUUGGUGACAAGGAGUUGCAACAAGCUAUAUCGCGUAGUUCUUAUUGGAGUUCUUGCUUUCUAAACAUUGUUUCAUGCAAUGAUCCUCGUCCAAGGCUACUCAUCGCAAAUCACGUGCCUUUCGGGACGUUUCUGUUUUGUUCUGAUUCAGAUUCUACUUGUUUCGAGAAUCCUGAUUCGAAUUUGGAAAUAAUCAUAACAUUAAGCAAAGUGCAUGAUCAAAAUCAAGGAUUUUUAUCGGAUGAAUAUGGAAAUAUAGUCGAAAAACUCAGACGUAAUGCGGUUUUCAAGGAUUCUUCUACACCGGCCGGAGAUAGGACUUGUUCGGAUUCACUUGCAAUUGGUAUCAGUCUGCAGUUGCAUGCAUUAGGAUUGACAUCAGACAUUCUGCAAAAGCAUAACAUUGAUAUCAAUGUCUUAGAAACAAAGAUAAAAAAGCAAGAAGAAAGAUCCAUUCUUCUAAAGAGGAUAUCAUUUGAUCCGUCGAAGAAACUGAAUCAAAUGAAGGGACACGCAGCGCAACUCGAAUGGUACAAAAAGGAAACGAAAAACCGUAACAUAGGAUACUAUGACAGCUACAAAAACAUGAACUCGCCUUUUGACCAUGAUGUUGUCGAGUUUCAUAAGAAGCUAACAAACUAUUGGGAAAAAAUGGUUGAAGAAGUUGAAAUGAAGCCUCAAAAAGAAGGCGCAGCAUUUCGUACUCGCUGGAUCUACGCGGGAACUACUUACAGAAGAAUGGUCGAACCUUUAGCUAUUGCGCAAUACUAUAAAGAAGGUUCGAAAAAAGCUAUAACCGAAUUAAAUAGUACGAGUAGGAAGACAGUGGAAGUGAUUUUGACUAUAGAUUCUUGCUUUUGGGCUCAUGUUGAAGAAGCUAUACUUGCAUGCAAAGAGUUGAAGGAAGUGAAAGAUAAAGAAGAGAUAAUGAAGAAAUUGGAUGAAUUUGAGGACUAUGUUUAUGGUUUGCUCAAGGAUUAUGCUGUUUCACCAGAAAUUUUUUUGAGGCAAAGUAGCUAUAUGAGUUGGUGGAAGGAGUAUAGAGCUAUUAAGGGAUUUUCAUACACUUCAAAACUUGCUGAUUUCAUGAAUGAUUCUGGAAAGGUUAAGCAAUAUGGUUUAGGAGCUUAUGAUUUCCCUUGA